AUGGAUGCCAGACUAAAAUACAAGGAGCAUCCAGCAAGAGCAGCCUCUAAAGGGUUAGAGGCAGCACUAGAGCCAAAGCGACUCAAAGGACUAUCACCAGCCAUAGGCCUCUGCAUGACUGUUGACGAAUGCAUCGACGCCUACACUGCUUUGUCCGACAAGGUUUUCGAGAAGAAGAAGAGCCACCGAGUGGAUAUUAAGGGCAAGCUUCAUGCCGAUUUGAUACUGCCGAGCUGGAACGAGCCAUCAAGCAGAUCAUCUUGUCCCAGGGCCUUGACGAAGAUGCGCUGCUCAAAGAGGCCGAUGCGUCUUCUUCAUCUGUGCAACAAGCAAAGAGACUGGUGA